AUGACAUCACUGAAAAAGAAAGAAACUAAGUCGAAAGAAGCAGACAAUAAAGACAGCACUUCGGAAUCGGAAUACGAGGUAAAAAAAGACAAAAAGGAAGAAAGUUCUGAAAGCUCUGAUGACAAUCUUCCUCAAAGAACUUUACGUGGAGUACCAGGUAUAAGAAGUGCGGGUAAAUAUUGGGACCCGAAAUCAUCUACAUCAUCUAGCGAAGAAAGUGAGAUGGAAUUAAAAACGAAAUCUAGCAGCCCAGAAAAAAAGAAAACAACUUCGAAACCUCCAGCUGUAAAAUCCGAUAGUGAAAAACCUCCCUUAAAAAUGAAAAAGACUUCUGGUGUUCCGGUCAAAAAGAAACGGAACAGAAAUGAAGUGGUCAUGGAUUUAAAGGACAUGGUCGUACAAAAGCGAAUGGCUAGUUUAAAUGCUACCGCUAUAUUAGCAGCUAGUUACGAAAAACGUUCUCCAAAGUCUAGUAAAGAUGACACAACUUCGGAUUCGUGCAGUGAUGACUCUUUUACUCACAAAACAAAAAACGUUCCCAGUGCAAGCGUAAAGUCUGAAGUUAAAAACGAAGAUGCCAAGAAAGAAAACGAGGAGGGUUCUUUGAGUGAUAGAAAACAGAAAGUCGAAGUAAUUGUUAAUCAGGACACGGAUGUGACGAUAACUGGAGUGUAUUCGACACAUCAUCAUGAGGGUUUUUGUACUGUAUCUGGAAUGCAAUACCGUAUUUCUUCUACUAGUCACACCCAAACUACUGCAACUGCAAACUGUGAAAAGGAUGGUUGUCCUCGUGACGAGGGAUCUCGAUACACGCCGCUUUCUGCAUUGUCGUCUAUGCAGCCUCCAGCGGAGCACACUCAUACUCAUCCUGCUCCUGUACCCGAACUGGGCGGACUUGGCCGUCGUGCUGGCUGCUCCAGUGCCUUCUCAGCGCCGUCACCAUCUGCUCAUCACGAUCCAGAGGGCUGGCUGUGCUCAGUAGAGAAAUUCUUUCUACAGUCGCCCGCU